AUGCCGACCUCAAAUACCACGUCCUCCCCAGUCAAGCGCCCCGGUCUCGGCCGCCGUGCAGUAUCCUCUCAUGCAGUCGUCACGCGCGCCAACCCGAAUGACCUGUCGGAGUCUCACACGCAGAAGGCGCCCGUGCAUCAUAAGGCACACCGCGCCCAUGUCGUUGGUGGCCACCGCAAUCAUCACCGAAACCCUUCCGUCGGAAAAAACCUGACCAAGCUCCAAAGAUUCCAGCUUGCCCAGCUUGGUCCCGAAACUACUGGUCGUCAUCACCAGCGCAAGAAGUCUGCGCCCGCCACUCCGAUAGCGAGCCCCAAAGAAGGCGGACAUAUUCGUUGGGAUAAUGUUGUCGAUAAUCACCCCACCGCUCCUUCUAUGAAGAGAAACUACUCGACCCCUGCCUUGCGCCGGAAUAACUCGGCAGUAGGAAAGAAAGCGCUGGUGACCGAAAGACCCCAUUCCAGUGCGGCAAAGAAGAAGACGGUCGGCUUCGAGUUGGGUGACGACGACGACGUCGAGGUCGACGACGCUGAUUGGGAAGAUACCACCCAGUCACCCGAAAGUACGCGGCGUAACUCUGUCGUGCCAUCUAAUCACAGCGCUGAUAACACCACUAUUCUCGUCGAUCCCCUUACAUUUGUGAAACGCCCCUACCCUCAAAUUGCUCGGGCGACCAGUCUACCAGAAUCGAUCACAAGCAAGUUCGCUCGGGAACGUGCUGAACUAGAAGAAAGCCAGAAUCAGGAGGAAGACGAGGAUCAUCACGACUCGGACAACGACUCCGAGAACUCUAGCCAACACACCGAGCAAGGUGAUAUCGCAACCCGCCUUCUCAGCCCCUCUCACUCGGCCAAAGCACCUCCCGCCAUGUCUUCGAUAUCGGCGAUGGUCAAGCCGGCGGCUAAGGAUCCCGCAUCGCGCAGCAGCGCAUCUCUCAAUUUGGCUGCUGGUCAGGAAAGCGCUCGUCGCACUUAUUCUACCGCUAACAUGGCCAGCAUGCCUGGCUCACACCCUAACGCUACCUCAUCCUCUAUGGAAGGCGGUGUCUCGCGAUUCAUCAUGAACAACAAGAACAGUAUCCAAGCAUCAUCUCGUACUGAUUCUGACCCAAACACCCCAUCUUCAUUCCUCCCGCACUACCACCCUCAAACUCCCCCUUCUCCUGGUCGCGCUCCCGGCAAAUCCACUGCUUCUCCUGCGCGCCCACGUGGUGCCGACUUGCCUUCUCGCACACAGCAGAAGCUCUGGCUUCAGCGCACUGCCACUCUCAACAACUCCCCCCUGAUAGCCACGGAGUUCCCCCUUCGACUGCCCCGUCAACACCGUGGGUUGGCCAGCGGCGGGCGAGCUGGAGGCGCAGGGCAUGACGGUGAAACUCGGCACAUUCGCAAGGCGUACGAGAAAACAUCCCUAGAACUCACUGUUGUGCGACGCUUCCAAUCUCCUGCCGGGGAGAGUUUCGCCCGGCUUCGUCAUGUUGCCCGCGCAGCAAAGGUUGCACAGACUUCAUCAGCGCUCGGCAAGCCAGUCAAGUCAGCCCCCUCUUUGCCUCUACUUCAACAAGGCAAGCGUCCCAGUCGCCUCAGCUCAAGUCCUGCAUCCAAGCCAGUGACUCGUAACCCAACCGAUGCGGAGGAUCUAGCCAACGGCAACCCUGCCAAGCCUGCCAAGUCCAAUGAUCCUUCUGCUCGCAUCCUCUCCACUUCCGCCGAAGCCUCACGGGAUCUCACCGGUGAGAACGAAGUUGAAGACUACCAGGUCAACGACGUCGAAAUGAUGAUUCGUCGGAUCUGGGAAAGCCGAGAAGUAGCCACGCACGGCUAA